AUGUUGAUUUUUGCGAUUUUCAUUGCAUUUCUUCUCAUCACAAAUAAGAUCAACGCAGCGGACGAUGAAGGAAAAGGAGCAUCGGCUAGUUCGACAGAUGUUAGUGUCGGAUGUUUUUCAGGCGACUCAUCUGUUUUACUUGUGAAUGGUGAACAAAAAUCAAUCGGAUAUCUUCGAACAGGUGAUCAAUUACUUACAGUUGAUCAUUUCAAUAUCAGUUCCAGCGAAAUGUUUCUCAUGUUAGAUAAAGAAACAUCAAAGAUCGUAAUGUUCUAUACAUUUACAACUGCUUCAAAUCAUCAAAUUAGUUUAACAGGUCUUCAUUUAAUGCCAAUUGCGUCUUCUAAUGAGAAACUCAUGUACAUUGCCGCUCGUAAUAUUCAAUUAGGUGAUCAAUUUUACGUGUCAAUCAACAAUCGACUCGAAACAUCGCCAGUUGUAAAUAUUACAAAGGAACUUAAACAAGGAUACUUUGCUCCAUUAACAAUGACCGGAACCAUAUUGGUCAAUAAUAUCUAUGCAAGUUGCUUCGCGUCUGUAACAAAUCAUGAAUUAGCUCAGAUGUUUAUGGCACCAUUUCGUUGGUAUUAUCAAUUGAUGAGAUACACGACUGUAACUGAUCCAUUCGAUAAUAACCAUUCCGAUGGAAUUCAUUGGUUCGUUAAACUUAUUUAUGAGUUUAUGAGUUUUCUUCGACCAUCAGGUUUGCAAGUUUCAUAA